AUGAGAAAGAAUAAUAAAAUCUCCUUGCGAGAGGUUGAUCUUCGUAAAUUCAGCACCAUAGAUACCAACAAGACUCAAAUAUUAGGAUCUGGAUCAUUCAACUUGAAUACAAAAGGGAAGAAAUCUAAAGAGAUGCUUAAAAUGAUAUAUUCAAAUGAAAAGAUCACUUUUCCUGCCAGAAAUAAAGAGAGAGAAGGCUUAAGAGCUCAUCCAAAUGCACCUAGUAUUAAGCCUAUAAAGUCUUCCAGCUUAAGAUCCAUGAAGUUCAAGGGCGGUAAUAGAAGAUAUGCUCAUUCUAAUGCCAAGUCUAAUUCUCAGAAUUCAAAUUAUAGUAUUUCACAGAAGAAAAAUUUUAUGCUUGAGCUAGACUUUGGAAGCAAGGAUAUCUCCCUUGAGCAGCAAAAUCCUUCUUUGAAGGGUAACAGGAACAAGUCUAUUAAUCGGACUAUCAAGAAUCGGAUAAGUGUAGUGGACUCCAAUAUGCUGAGAGAAAAGGGAAAGUUUAUAAACUUUGAACCAAAAUCUAAAAGAGUCGAGUCUCAGAUAAACAAGCACCAGUAUACUCCUGUUUCGUUCAGAAGCGACAGUAAAUCUGAUCCUUCGUUCAAAGUAAUCGAGGACAAUGUCAAAACCAGGCUCAAAGAUCUAGAGGAAAGGACUGUCAGAGCGAGUAAAAGAGGAGAAACCAUCAAAGUUUUCGAUGAAAAGAGGGUAUCUAUUUUCAUCCAAGCUUUAAAAGAACUUCAUGAUUUCAAACUUCUUCCAACCUCCUUGGCAACACUCUUAAUGGAAGGUCUCGAUGACUCCAAAAGAAGGAUGAUAUCGCAUGAGAAGAACAUGGCCAAUAUGCAACAGAUUAUCAUGAAUCAAGUCAGUGAUCUUGACACCAAGCUAAAGCUCAAGCAAGCUGAGAUGAAUGAAACUGUCAGGAAGUGUGAUGAGAAGAUCAAAAAGCUGAACCAACAAAAUAUAGAACUUAAAGAAUGAGUUUCAGAGCUACAGAAAAGAUUGGAUGACAUCAAACAGAGAGAAAUUGAGAGGUUGGAAGACACCGAUCUUGAUGAUGUUGACCUCAUAAGUGAGACAACGAAGAAGAAACAUAAGAAUCCUAAGCCCCCACAUCCUUUAGUGCCUUCACUUGAUUUUGUAAAGCUCAGGAAGAUACAGGAGGAAGAGAUGAAUAAGAUCCGGAUUUUGAAGAAUGAGCUGGAUGAGAAUAUUCCUUUUGAAGAGGAAAAUAACAUAAAGAUCAACGAUAAUGAUGAGGAUUAUGAAGACGCCACUAGCCUCUCUAGUCAGUACAAGCCGAUGUUUGAAGAAGGGCCCCCUAUCGACUCCCAAUCUGAAGAAGCCCUUCUCAUAACACAAGAGCUAAUGAUGAGGAAAGCACAGGUUAUUACACAAUUGAAUGAGAUCUAUUCAAAAGAGUCUGAAGAUGAAAACGCUGAAGAGUCUGAUGAAAGUGGCUUGCUCUUAGGAGAAUAGAGUCUUAAAAUUACAAAAUUUUCGAUGCUUAAAGACUACUUUUU